AUGGCUCAGUUUCGUCAGUUUUCAAGGGUUCAACACCUUGAAUCGGUGUUUCCUCUUAUUAAGUUAGGAUCUUUAGUCUUUCGACAGAUUAGUAAGCCGUUCGCUAAGUGGCUACAGCGGCGAGCUAAAGACAAUAAGUUCUUUCGCGAGUACUUCUGUAUGAAACCUGCCCAAACCUAUCAUUGGUUGGACACAACACUUAGGAUGCGGAUCCUUGGACUAGGAUCAGCCAAGGAUGUGAAGCCCCUUAGUGAAGAAAUGGCUACAGAGCUAGGUGCCGAAAUGCUCGGAGAAAUAAUCAUAUUUUCUGCAGCGGUAGCGACUCUGUAUUUUGAAUACUGGAGACAAUCAAAAAAUUCUCAGGCGCAUGAGGACGAGCAGAAUUCAAAGUUAGAUGAUUUGGAGCAGAAAGUUUCAGACAUGGGAUUGAUGCUUGAAGAGCAAGAUGCAAAAAUACGUGAAUUGACCAGAGCGACUCUUGAUAACAGUAGCAGUAAUAAAAGUCUAGCUGAAAAACUAGUUGGUGCCGUUAUAGGUUCUAAAAGUGCUCCAUCCAAUACUAGUAAAGCUGCAUGACCAGUGUAACUAUUUUUAAGAAGCAGUAAUGUGACCACAAAUAUGGAUUGCAACGUUCUUGACAAAGUGAUAAUUGGGUUGGAAUUAAUCAGUGGAUCUCCUGGACAAUGUCCGAACUUGUGUUUGUAGUUCCCUGGGAAUUGUUCAGGAUACUUCUUUAGAUUUUAGUUUGCUUGAUGUUUGUCUUUGUUUGGGCAUCUCAAAAGUAGAUUGAAGCCUCAUAAAACAAAAUAUUUUAGUCUCUCCUUAGUUGAACAUCGAUGUCUAAUUUCCGAUUUUAGGCAGAUUUCAGGCGUUUCCCUCUUGGUAAAUGCUGAAUUUGACAGCUGGAAUGGAAAGGUCUCUGUCUCAACUCUCUGUGGAUAUUUGCAUUUUCAAAAUUGGGCCAAAAGUAAGCAUUUGAGAGGCAUUUUUGUGCGAAAUAUGGAUGACCCCCACCCCAGAUGAAAAACAUUUGUCUUUCUAGGCUUCAACCCACUUUGAUAUGCUCCCUUUCUGUGUGCCAUAAGUGAGUUUAGAAUUGGAAAUUCAUCUAAACCACUCUAUUGUCCCUGUCCAACUAUAUCAUCACAGAACCUUGUAAAUAAAAUAGCUAUUUCUUAAUAAAAUGUA